AUGGCGGCUACCGUCAUCGCGAAUUUUCACCGGCAGAGGGUGAUUCCUCUCACAGAGAGGAGCCUGCCGAUCUUCGGCCUCACCCCCGGGGUUCCAGCCUCCGGGUCGAGGACGUCGAUGGGGGUGAGCCGCAGGUGCCACCCCUCGAGGCCUCCGAUCCCGGAGGAACGUGAGGUCAACCGCCUGCACGCAGAGGCGGUAAAGAAGCGGAAAGAAGCAGCGGAGGCAGCUGCCGACCGGAAGAGGAAAAGGAAAGAGAAGCACGACACGGCGUGCAAAAUCACACGCGCGGAGGGGAAGCCGUGGCCCGCUCCGCCCGAGUUUACGGAUGAGGGGGAGGGCACCUCAGAUGCCGAGGUCAACCUCCCAGGUGAUGACGAGGCAUCAACAGGCGCGGAUUCCCCGCCGGUAUAUCAAGAGGCUGGCGACGAGGACGCGCCAGCGACGCUGCGUGAGGCGAGGCCCGCACCGGGGUUGUUGGCGGACCUGCCCCUCGCGGGGACGGAGCGGAGGUCACCCACGCCAGCGGCGGGACGAAGGUCGCCCACACCGGCGGCGGGCGGAAGGUCAUCUACGCCCGCGACAGAGUGGAGGUCGCCCCUGCCGGCGACAGGUGAGGGGAUCCCCGCGCCCGUGAUGUCGACGGGCGGCGACGGGUCCACGGCGAGCGCGCGGACGCCCGUGCAGACGGCCUCGAGGCUUCAGGCUGGUCCGGGGAUGACACCCUCGGAUCAGUCGUCGAGGGGCGUCAGUGUGCCACGGGCCCGAAGGAGUGGCACGGGCAAAUGCAGCAUGAGUGCCCGGUCCGGCUCCGGGGCCGUUGCCAAGGAUGCAGCCCUGCUCGCGCCGGUCAAAGCCCUCAAGACCGGGGCACGCGCCACGCCACACUCGGCGCCGUAG